AUGACGUAUCAGGGCCUUGAACCCAAGUACUUCAAUGUAUCAUGGCUUGCUGAGCAUGUCCUCGGUGUUGGAAUUCGACGCUCGCCCGUGAAUGCCUUUGACACUGCUACUUGGACGGAGAUGCACGCGAUCUUUUCGCGCAUUCGUGGGGACGGUGAUGUUCGUGCCGUCGUCUUGUAUGGCGAGGGCCGAUGCUUUACGGCCGGGCUAGAUCUGCAUGAUCCUGCCAUCAUGGACGUGGUACAAUCUGGCGGCGAUCCUGCGCGUCGAUCCAUGGCGAUUCGUGAGUUCGUUGAACGCUUCCAGAAUGCCAUCUCGUCUAUCGAGCAGUGUGAGCGUCCUGUGAUCGGCGUAUCGCACAGUUAUACGAUCGGUCUCGGCGUCGACAUUUUGAGCGCCGUAGACGUGCGCUACGCCUCAAAGGACGCGCGCUUCUCGAUUCGCGAAGCGCGUAUUGGCUUGGCUGCUGAUAUCGGCACGCUUCAGCGCUUUCCCAAGGUGGUGGGCAACGAGUCUUGGGCUCGCGAGGUGGCUUUGACGGCUCGUGAUUUCGGUGCGGACGAGGCUCGUGCCAUGGGCUUCCUGAGUCAGGUGUUUGCCACGCAAGAAGAGGCCCUGCUCAGGGCGGUCGAGACAGCCAAACAAAUGGCGUCUCUCUCGCCUGUGGCGGUGGUGGGGACUAAGCUCGCCAUGGUACACGCCCGUGACCACUCGGUCGACGAGGGAUUGCGUUAUAUGCAAUACCUGAAUGGCGCUUUUCUUCAGACAGAGGACCUCGUCCAGUCUAUGUCAGCUACUAUGUCCAAGACGAAGCCCACGUUUGCCAAACUGUAA